AAAGAAGAAGAAGAAGAAGAAGAAGAAGAAGAAGAAGAAGUGGUUAGCAAGAGAAAGAUAUCUGGCUAGUGUUGGACAUAUCGGUAACACUUGAAGUUGAUCAAUCAUGUCAGUGAAAUCGUGUUGUAUUUACAGUACGGGAGUGAUUUCUAUUCUAACUUUAAUAGCAGGCAUAGUUCUGGUGCUUUCGCAGGUGUUUCAAAAUAUCCUCAACGCGAAGAUAAAAAAGGAGAUUGUGCUCAGGAAUGGCACACAUGCAUUUGAUGUGUGGGAAAACCCACCUCCUCCAGUCUACAUGCAGUUCUACUUCUUUAAUGUGACCAACCCGGCAGAGGUACUGAAGGGAGAGCGGCCUGCUGUUCUCGAGGUCGGACCUUACACGUACAGGGAGUUUCGUCCAAUGGAGCGAGUGAAUUUCCUGGAGAAUGGAACCAAAGUAUCAGCUGUCAACACUAAGACCUAUGUGUUUCAGUCUGACAUGUCCAAAGGACCAGAGAGUGACCUGAUCAGAACAGUCAACAUCCCAGCUAUGACGGUGAUGGAAAAAUUCAAGGAUACGUCAUUUAUUGCCAAUAUCAUCUCAUCUUACAUGAAGUUAUUGAAUGAAGACCUGUUCACUACACACACUGUGGGAGAACUGCUUUGGGGCUAUGAGGAUGGCCUUCUCAAAGCUCUGAAAGUAGUGGACCAUACAUUAGAUGAUGUGUUUGGACUCUUCUACAAGCAAAAUGCUACAGAUGAUGGAGAGUAUGUGUUUCUGACCGGUCAGCAGAGUUAUAAGGACUUUGCCGUUAUAGAUCAGUGGAAGGGUCAAAGCGCUCUGAAUUGGUGGACCACAGAUGAGUGUAACAUGAUCAAUGGGACCAAUGGGGCCUCCUUUCAUCCAAUCAUCACCAAGAACGAGACCCUCUACAUGUUUUCCUCUGAUCUCUGCAGAUCUAUCUAUGCCAUCUAUGAGGAGGAGAGCAGUGUGAUGGGUGUCCCAGGCUACAGGUUCUCUCCACCCAGCAAGGUAUUUGCCAACACAACAGAGAACGCUGGUUUCUGUUCCCCACCAGGGAACUGUCUGGGCUCUGGCGUGCUCCAAGUCAGUGCCUGUAAACAAGAUGCUCCGAUCGUCAUGUCUUCUCCACACUUCUACCAGGCAGAUGAAAAGUUUGUCAAAGACAUCUUCGGGAUGAAACCAAACAAGAAGCAACACGAAACCAUCAUAGAUAUCAACCCGCUUACAGGCAUCGUACUUCAGGCUGCUAAGAGACUUCAAGUGAACGUGUUCGUUGAGAAGAUUCCUGUGUUUAGCCAAACAGGUGAUAUCAGGACUCUGGUGUUUCCUGUACUCUAUCUCAAUGAGAGUGUUGUGAUCGAUGAGGUAUCGGCCAAACAGCUGCAGGUGAUCGUGGCGGAGGGCAACAUAGUGGUCAACAUACCCUUUAUGCUGAUUGGCUUAGGCAUCCUCCUGGGCGUGAUCUUCAUGGUGGCCCAGUGUCGUCAACGGAUCCCAGAGAGCUCUUCUGCCGAACGCCAGCCCCUUCUGAACUCCUAGUCCCACAAGAAGUAGAAUUCCCUCCACCGGAAGUGGUAUCCUGGGAGGACAGGAUUAGGAUUGCCAUCCAUGUUUUGUUAACAAUAUCAAGGGUUCUGACUGUGUACUAUCUCCACUUUACCAGAUUUAAUCAGCUUCUACCCUGUAACCAUAACCUCACUAUUGACUCUACUGUAAGGCUAGAUCAACAACCAGAUUGAGAAUGUUUUUUAAUCUUUGAAAAUGAAUAGUUAAAAUUAUUUUUUUAAAGUCUUGACAUUUUAAUCUGUUUUUUUAUUUUUAUCCAAAAUUGUUUAGUUUUUUUAACAUGAGUUACACGGAAGCUGACUGUACAUUUUAUUUAAUAUUUUUUCUUGCUUUUAAAUGUUGUGUUUUAGGGUCACUGAUAGUAGGGAAUGGGAGAGGAUAGAAGCUCGGUCAGAUUGCCAAGAUCAUGUAAGCCAUUGAGAGGCUGUUGCUAAAGAAAUGCAAUAUUAUUAUAAUCUAUCGCUGUCAUCAUUAGGAUUCGGAAUGUUGUAAAACUUCAAUUAAUAGCCUGGGUGUUUAUUUGCUUAAAUCACUUAACACAACAGAUGUAUAUUAGAUACAGGCUUCUAUUUGAGGCAGGCGUCUAUUUCCUUAAUGCACACAACUUUUGUUAAUUUCCAUAGUUAAUUGUUUAAUUCCAGAAUUCACUUCCAGCAUUCUAAUCAUUUACAUACUGUCAAGUUUAUUUUCUGUUAGUAUGCCUUUUAUUUAGAAAAAAAAAAUGUUUCCUUGACAGAAUAAUGAUUCUCUUCUUUGACUGUACAUUUUCGGAAGUUCUUACUUUCACCACUAACUAGAGGGCGAUCUGACCGGGGGUCUGUACUCCCGAAGUUUUUGACUGUUUUUUGUGCUUGCCAGUUAGUUAGCAGUUCUCAGCUGUUAGCAGCCAAAUGCCAGAGGUUUCUUAAUGGCGAAGGGAAGUUAUUCUUAUAUUACACACCCCGGUGACAUUGUCACUUUUAUAUAUGUUUUUAUACUGCUUGUCAGCCCAUGAGGAAUGAUCUGUCUGGUCGGCCUAUGAGGAAUGAUCUGUCUGGUCGGCCCAUGAGGAAUGAUCUGUCUGGUCGGCCUAUGAGGAGUGAUCUGUCUGGUCAGCCAAUGAGGAAUGAUCUGUCUGGUUGGCCUAUGAGGAAUGAUCUGUCUGGUCGGCCCAUGAGGAAUGAUCUGUCUGGUCGGCCAAUGAGGUAUUAUCUGUCUGGUUUGUGUGAAAUAAGAGCUACAGGGUACGGGUCAAUUCCAUUUAAAUUCACAGAAAUUUAAAAAAAAAUCCUGGAUUGACUGAAUUGAAAUGGAAUUGAACCAAACACCUGAUGAGGUCAUACUACAUUAAUUUAAAAUAUUUUUCACGACUUCUGAUUAUAAUUACAUACCUACAUACAUAUAAGGGGAUGUUAUCAACAUUAUUUUAUCAAACAGAUCAGUGAAUCUGUACAUACAUUAGGACAUGUAUUUAGUCAGCAGGCAUUGGAAUCCACUGUUAAAUAUAUCAUUGCUAAUUGAUACCGGUGUCAAAACAGUACUAAGUAAGAGUGUAGACGCAUGAUAAAAUACUGGAUAUUUGCAUGACAACAAUGUUCUGCUGCUGGGCUUGUGAUCACUGAGAGAAGUGGCAAAUCAUAUGUUGAUAUUCCUGCUUCUGGAAUCUGCAUUUUAAAACGUCUCCAAUUUCUUUAUUUUUGUGAUGAACCAGUUUCACAACGGACAGGCAUGUGUAAUCUUGUUUAUUUUAGCGUGAUAGAAGAGUAUCGGUAACAUUCAACUAGCAAUCUACUAACCCUAAACGUAUCUCUAAACCUAGUUAGUUAACACUAACCUUAGCAAGCAGUUAUAACCUCAGCAAGCAGUUGCUUAUCAACAGAUGGUAUAUGGGGUGGCAGGCUAGCCUAGUGGUUAGAGCGUUGGACUAGUAACCGGAAGGUUCCGAGUUCAAACCCCCGAGCUGACAAGGUACAAAUCUGUCGUUCUGCCCCUGAACAGGCAGUUAACCCAGGCCGUCAUUGAAAAUAAGAAUGUGUUCUUAACUGACUUGCCUGGUUAAAUAAAGGUAAAAUUAAAAAUAAAAUAUCAACAGGUAGUUUGUUGAUAGUAUGACCAUCUGUGGAGCAUCCAAGUAAUGUUCACAACUCUAUGUUACGAUCACUGGUAUGCAUAGUUGCAGACAACUUUUUUCAUAUUCAUUUUUCUGUCUAGCAUCUGAACUAGUAUGAGUUAUAAUUGUUAUUGGACAUGUGUAUUAUUAUUAUUUUGCUCUAUGAGAGCGCGAGAACCUGCAUUUUUUUUAUUUUUAAGAAACAAUAAAAAUACUUUCACUACCAUGUCACAAAAAAAUUAAAUAAUAUAUUUUAACAUUAUUUACAUUGUGUGUGUGUGUACAAUCUUGACAAUAUAUACAAAUAAAUAAUUUACAAAUAAAUAAUGUCUCCAUGGCAUUGUCAGUUUUAAACUUCCACAGGCAUUCUUUUUUCUUGUCAAUAAACGGCUUCAUGUUG